AUGAUGACAAAGAAAAGUGAACCAACCGAGAUGUGCAACUUGAGUUCUUCCGAGGCAAACGGGCAGGAAGCUUCGCCACAGCAAGCGGCUGGUUAUGGUCUCAUCCACAUCCACACGAACAAUAACGAUGAAGUUAUAGCACCACCAAAGAGCGUGGAUGAUAUCGAGAUGACAUUGCAUCACGAACCAAACGAUAGCAAGGACGAUGCGUCGUAUGGAGAAGAGAACGACGCUGCUGCAAUCAUGGACAACCGGCCACUGACAAAACUAGAGAUUUGGAAUCUUGUGUUUUGCGUCUUGGCUUGGGCGUGCACCAUUGCCAACGUGACCUUGGUAGUGGGAACCAGCAAUGUCGUUCUCCUUUCCAUUGGUGGCGAUCCCAGUCUCUCAUCGGUGCCACUGGCAACCUUUUUCAUGGGCGCUUCCCUGGUCAGCUUGCUGGUUACGCCGUGGCAUUUUGUUCGGUUGGGCCGCAAGCUCGGUUUCUUGGCCGGUGUAUGCCUUGGUUUGCUGGGCAGUGGCUUGGGUUGUUGGGCUGUUUGGAUUUCUUCCACGGCACUGUUGAUUGUGGCCACUGCUUGCUUUGGUGCUGCCAUGGGGAUUGGUUUCUACCUUCGCUUUGCCGCGGUGGAAGUGGUCCCCUUUCACUGGGCCGACAAGGCUGUGACACUGGUGGUGUCCGGGGGGUGCAUUGCCGCCUUUGCGGGACCUGAAUCCGCGGAAGGAACACGAGGCAAGUUUGGAGACGAAGAGCAUCUACUCUAUCUUGGUGUUUUUAUCAUGACUGCUAUUUUCAAUGUGGCCAAUGGGAUCUUUACCGCUUCGGUACAGUUUCCCGACACUAGCAGCAGCCCGGCCAAGAAACAAACGUCCCAUAUCAACAACAGUCCCCCGCAUUGGCCACAGCGUGUCUGGGCCAUUCUACAGAGUCGAAACUUUAUUGUCCCCAUGUUGAUCUCGGCAGGAUCCUGGAUUAUCAUGGCCUUGCCCAUGAGUGUCCUCCGUGUGGCCAUGCAUCAGGUGGGCUUUUCGUCGCGACAAUCCCUCCUCACUAUUGAACUACAUUUCUUUGGAAUGUACGCACCGGGAUUCUUUACUGGACGGUGGAUUGCAUCGUACGGGCCUCGCGUGGUCGCGGUGGGAUCUGUGGCGGUGUUCUUGGCCGCCCUCGCGUGUUUGCAAACCACCAACGAGUACAAUGACGACAGCUCGAACAUUGCCCUCUGGAUCGUUGGGAUGGUCCUUAUUGGAGUGGGUUGGAACUGUGCGUUUUCUGGUAGCACUGUCGGGUCUACUCGCGCCUACAACAGCCGACCGGACUGCAAAUCGGCCAUUCAAGCCGCGAACGACGGCUUGACGUUCUUGUUGGCGGGAGCCGUCAUUUGCUCAGCGAGUUCCAUCUACCAAGCUGGAGGAGAAGGCAUGGAAGGAUGGCGGGUGGUCAAUUGGGUCGUUGUGGGCUUCAUUGGGGUGUUUUCGCUCAUUUUGUUCCUUGACGUGGUUAUGGAUCGAUUCUCGCUCUCUGGCGCAGGAGUUCAGGUUGAUGUUUGGUCACUUCCGUCCAGCAAGAUUCCAAAAUGA